AUGCAGCAACUGGUCCGUCUUCUGACAGACCUGGUCGAUUAUCAGGUUCAACAGAAAACUUGCUCAAAACUACCAAAUGACCUCCAAAAUUUCCUGGAAUGGCUUACUUACCCAAAGGAGGAGGCUCUGGAGCCCCAACCAGAGUCCUUGAGCUACAAACCACCCUACCAGGACGAGGACUUAAUGGAACCGAUGCAGGAAAUGCAGACAGAAAGCGGUGACGAUUUAUUUGCAUCAGUUUCUAAUAAAAAAUAUGAAGACGACCAUGACAUCGACGUGAAACAAAUGAAUCGAGUUAAUGACAUGGACGUGAGGGCUCAUUACCUCGACUGUCUCCAUUCCCUGCAGGAACUGAUGGACCAGUAUGAUGAUAUGAGUGAUGAAGACAAGAGUAAAAUGAUGGGUGUGAAGUCUUACCUUGAUAAUCAACUGAAAUAUCUGAACAAACAAAUGAAUGGAUACGAAUUGUAUUCGAUUCUUGAAAAACAAAACAUGGUACGUCUCAAAAGAGACACAGACAAGAAGAAGAAGAAACGCCCAAAACGACGUAGAUUGAGAAGAAAACUAAAUAAAUUCAUCAAAAACUUUGGCAAGAAGCACACAAGAACUACAGCUAGUUUCUAUGAUGCAGUUCAAGUAACGGAUAUGAAGAGAGUCACUGUUAAAGAUGAUGAACGAGUUAUGGCAACAGUAGAUAAAAAUGACAAGCUAGCCAAAAGGAAUCUCAAAGAUGUGUAUUACAAAGCAGUGGCUGAUGCUAAAAAGCAUGCAACAGCUACUAAAAACGUUCAUAAGAACAGUGAAGUUACACACGAACCCAGUACGGUGAAGAUGCAAAAAUGA